UCAGCCUUUGACCUGGCUGAGUCCCAGCUCCGCAAGAGUAGGAUUUACUCCCCACCCAUUGCCUUUUUGAGCAAGAAGGGGGGAUACGUUGCAUCCUGAUUAGAAGUGUAACUGGGAAGUUGUUAAAACAGUGAGGUACAGCAGUACAAUAUUCAAGUCACAAACUGCCGGAUCAAAAUUAAGACAACCUUCUACUGUGAGAUACGGAUGCAAAUGUACCCCUAAUGAGGGGAUAUAAGUAUGUACACCUACGUACUGUAGCAUCUUUAAUUCACAGGUGUAAGCAGGAGAAGCAGUAACAGUGAAAGGCUUCACACUCCCGAAAUACAGAAAUAGAAGCGGCAGCAGGGGGCGCACGAAGCUACGGCUCCAGUUUACCAGAGACCGGGGCGCUGAAACGCGGAAAGUGGACAGGAGCUGCAAGGAAUAGAAUAGGAGCGCAGCGGUGACACGCUUACCGCGGACUGGGGAGGGGGGGGACCUUGUAUUUCAAGGUUAUAUUUAAGACUAUGGUGCUAGGUUUUGCGGGAUGUGGUCUUAAAUGUUUGGGGUCCCUGUUGCGACUCAGCGCUGCGCUUCGGAUUUCAAGGCGCCUGUUGAAGGUGUGCUGAUCCCCGCGGCUCCCCGCUCCUGCGCCGCGCCUGGAGGACCGGCUCCCAGCGCGCACCUCCGCAGACUCACGAGGAUAACACGGUGUUUUGGUGAUAUUCAGGAGGAGAAUACCUCCACUUCUGCCCUGUCCUUUCAAGAUCUGGAAAUAUGGAAGAAUCCUUUGCCAGGAUCCUCAGAAUUCCCGUGCUUCUGUUACUGAUUGGUCCGACCCUGGUGGAUUGUCAGCACACAGUGGAACACAGAAAGGUCCCCCAGAGGAUAGGACCGCAGCAGGACGCCGCAGACGGGAGGGGGGAGGUGUCGGGGUCCUGGGGCCCCUGGGGGCCCUGGGCGGCGUGCUCGCGCUCCUGUGGCGGGGGUGUGAGGGAGCAGACGCGCCCCUGCCUGGCCUACCCCCAGGAGGUGGCGAGAGUCCCUCACGGGGUGCCCCCCCACACGUUGGCCCCAGGCCGAGUGGUGUCAGCGCUGCGCCCCUCGGUCCCGCUGCACCGCCCCGGCCGGCCGCCUCGCUCCAAUGACACGCACCCCCAGAGCGCGGGCGGGCCGGCGCAGAGCUCGAGGCCUGGCCACAGGGGUAGCAGUGAGAAACAGAUCACGCCAGGGAGAUAUGGCUAUGGUAAACUUCCCUACAUCGUGCCACUCAAGACAGACACUGGGCAGGGGCAGAGGGCCCCCAGACCUCGUAGACAGCGCCAGGCCUCCCACCCUCGUAGGAGAGGGCAAGGCCAGGGGUACAGACAGCAGAACCCACACCCGGGAUAUGACACGGGAAACGGCAUCUACCGCGGCUCUCAGAGCAGAACCCAUCACGCCAGGACUUCUAUAUACCAGCCCGCCCAGAGCCAGUAUCCGGGCAGCGGGUCGUCUCUGCUCCUCUCUCCUCACCUCAGAUACCCCGGCCCGGGCGUGACCACUAUUAAAUGUGUAGGAGCCCACAAGCAAUACAAGAUCUGUAACACUAAUGCCUGUCCUUCGAGCAGCCGGAAUAUUCGUGAGGUGCAGUGCUCCUCCUACAACAACAAACCCUUCAUGGGAAGGCUGUACGAGUGGGAGCCGUUCAACGAAGCGCAGGGGGACCAGCGUUGUGAGCUGAACUGCCGAGCGAUCGGCUACCGCUUCUACGUGCGGCAGGCCGAGAGGGUGAUCGACGGGACGCCGUGCGACCACAAUGACUCCUCUGUGUGUGUGGCCGGCCAGUGCAAGAGUCUUGGCUGUGAUGAGCUCCUGGGCUCAGAUAAGGUGAUGGACAAGUGUGGAGUGUGUGGGGGAGACAACACAGCCUGCGAAGUGGUAUCAGGGGUCUUCAAGCACUCUCUGAUGAACAUUGGCUAUCACAAGAUCGUGGAGAUUCCUGUGGGGGCCACCAAGAUCAACAUCACUGAGAUGAUCAAGAGCAGGAACUACCUGGCUCUGCGCAGCCGCUCCGGGCGCUCCAUCGUCAACGGCAACUGGGCCAUCGACCGGCCCGGGAAGUACGAAGGCGCUGGCACCAUGUUCACCUACCGGCGGCCCAACGAGAUCACGAGCACGGCCGGCGAGUCCGUCGUGGCCGAGGGGCCCACCAACGAAGUCCUCGAGGUUUAUAUGAUUUACCAGCAGCCCAAUCCAGGAGUUCAGUAUGAAUUUAUUGUGCCUCGUGAGAAUCUGAUCAGCCCCCAUCCCUCUCCUGACAGAAAGCCAGGCAGCCACCUGAACGGUCAGUUUGGGCUGGAAGGCGAUGCCGACUCGAGGGAAGAGGGGUCCGACCAUCCCCAUGGGACCCGCAGCCCCUCCCUGGCGCCCGAGCCCCCGAGGCGGCAGAGAGAGCACAACUGGAAGCAGCUGGGCAGCUCGGAGUGCAGCGCGAGCUGCGGCAGAGGCGUGCGUUACGCGCGGUUCGGCUGCGUGCACAGAGCCACCCACGCCGAGGUGGCCGACAGCCUGUGUGACCCUGCCACCAAACCCGGGGCCGUGGAGGAGGCCUGCAACACCCUGGCGUGCCCAGCCUUUUGGGACAUCGGCGAGUGGUCGGAAUGCAGCAAGACCUGCGGCCUGGGGAUGCAGCACAGGCAGGUUCUCUGCAGGCAGGUCUACGCCAACCGGACCUUCACCACCCAGGCGAACCGCUGCCAGCACCUGGAGAGGCCAGAGACCACCAGCUCCUGCCAGCUGAAGAUCUGCAGCGAGUGGGAGAUCCGGACGGACUGGAGCCCGUGCUCCGUGCCCUGCGGGGUGGGGCAGAAGAACCGAGAGGUGCGCUGCGUCAGCAAUGUGGGGGACAUCGUGGCGGACGAGGAGUGCAACAUGAAGCUGCGGCCGGAGGACGUGGAGAACUGCGACAUGGGGCCCUGCGCCAAGAGCUGGUUCUUCACCGAGUGGGGCAGCAGGUGCUCUGCAGACUGCGGAGCAGGGGUUCGAAGCCGCUCAGUGGUGUGCAUGACCAAUCACAUCAGCAGCCUGCCGCUUGAGGGCUGUGGGAACGAGCGCCCCCCAGAGGCCAUGGCGUGCAACAACGGCCCCUGUGAGACCCGAGAGCAGUGGUUUGCAGGCGGCUGGGGCCAGUGUUCUGCGGAGUGUGGCAAUGGGACGCAGCACAGGGCGGUGGUGUGCCUCCGGAGCUCUGCAGAUGGGUUCACAGUGCUGCAGCCCUCAGACUGUUCCUAUCUGGAGCGCCCAGCCAGCCAGCAGAGCUGCUACCUCAAAGCCUGCGGAGCCAAGUGGUACCACACUGACUGGAGCACAUGCUCAAAGUCCUGUGAGGGUGGAUUUCGGGUGCGAGAGGUCCGGUGCCUCUCGGAUGACAUGACACCCAGUGACAGCUGUGAACCCCAUCUGCGUCCCGAAGAGAGAGAGACCUGUAAUCCGGACCCCUGUGUAUCACAGAUAGAUGAGAACUGCAGAGACAAGUAUUUCAACUGCAACGUUGUUGUCCAGGCCCGCCUCUGUGUCUACAACUACUACAAAACUGCCUGCUGUGCGUCCUGCACACGGGUGGCCAACAGGCAGGCGGGAUUCCUGGGACGCAGAUAACACUCCCUCCUCUCCUUUCUUCCCUGAGGGCACCUGACCGGCCCAGGCGCACGCUGUUCUGGCCCUGCCCGCGGCUGGCGUGGCAGCGUGUCUCUCACCAGGCCUCUUCGUCCAGCGAAGAUGGCAGCCCUGGUUCUCUGGGCUGGGACGGCAGACUGUGAAUGUGUGCUGUGUACAACUUCACCCAUAGAAACGUGCACACGUUAACACAAACACCUGCUCUGGCUCUAGAGGAGAAAGCCAAAAGACAAAGCCAUUCGGUUCCCAGGAAAAGUUCCCGAGCAGUUUCAUGUGAGAUGUAUUUCUGAGGUUUCCUAGACUGAAUGGGUGAGGAACGGAAGGGAUUCUGGCAAAGAUUUACUGGAAAAAGAGGGAACCCAGAAGCAUUCAGAUCUUUCAUCAUUUCUUGAGGCAAAAAACUGUCUCAAUUCUCUGGUCAGAACCUCCUCAGAGUCUAACCUUUGUGGGGAGAAGGCUGCCCUGGGUUAACUCCUAGACAGCACGUCAUCCCUGCGCCAUACGGGCACUUUAAACAACAAGAUGCAUAGUUUAUGGAGUUUUGAAAAUCUUAAUAUUUAAUAAUCUAGACCUGGGAAAAACAUUCUGUGAUAAAAUUUAAGUUAUCUGGGGAGAAUCAAUUGCAGGCAGAAUUAAUGAGGUUUUGACCCCAAAUUUGGGAUGGUUAUAUACCUGGGAUUUUUCUUUAUUCUUUUAUGAGAGUUUAUUUUUGUUUCUGUUUUUAAAGAAAUGGGAGGAUUAAUGGUAUGUGCACCACAUUUACAGUACCAAGUUUCGCAACAAGAUUAUUACGUAUUCCAUUGUUAAACUUUUUUGUACCUUAAGCAAUAUGGAGUAUCACAAAUUGUCAUAAAGCACGAGUUUACCUGCUGUGUAUCAAAUUCUGCCUACCAAAGAUUUACUGGUAACAGUGAUUGUAGCCAGCCAUCUGAUGACACUCUAGAGUCUGUGUUAGUCGGGUUGUUAUCAAAUGUUAUAUUUUUUAAAAGAAAGAUCAACAAAUAUAUUUUUUUCUGUCCCUCCUAUUAUUAGUAAUGCCAUUAAUUUAACUGAACCAGUUAGAGCUUCUUUAUUUUUAAUAAGUUUCCCAAAUCAAGCUUCCCUGAAUAUACUACACUGUAAAAUCUUAUCCCAACGGCUUUCCUCUCUACCCCUUAUCUUAACAUCCUUCAAUUUUCUAUGCUUUCUCUUAUGUUGAAUUCAGAUCCUGUUUUACAUCUUGAUUCGUUGCUAGAGUUUCUUACCAGUGAUAACCCUGCGGUAAUGUAAGGAUAAGCAAGUUGAAGUGCCAUGCAAAAGCUGCCUCACAGCAACAAGAAGCUGGUACUUCUAUCUUAUCACACUCUUGUUUAUUAUGUAUAAUAUCAUUACACAUCUCAUAAGGGGGUGUUCUAAAAUAAUGUAUUUUUUGUGAAAACCACUAAAGACACUAUUUAUUUUCAUCUGUUAAUCCAAAUCUGGAAAACUGUCUUCUAGUUUUCUGAAAUGAUCCUGUCGUCUCCCAAAGUGAACUCAGUUUUGUGCUUAGGUUAUCAGGGCGGCCUAGGCUCUAAACAGUCUACAAUCUGCAACGUCAGCAGUUUUUUCUUGAAAUAUGUUAGAAAUGUGUGCUAAAUCAGGAGAGAAAACGAUUGCUUACAAACCAGUCCUGCAACCAGGGGAAAGAAAUCAUCUUAUCAUGUGAAAGUAUGGAAAAUCCAAACUGUUAAAAAAGGAUCGAAGAGUAUCAGGAGAGAACAGGUUGGAGUGCACGGAGCCCUGUAACACCACCGUCUUGCUGUCUGUGGGGCUGAGAUGGCUCGGGAUCAGUUUAGGGGUGGCUGGCGCUGUCUUCACCUGCGGACAGAGCGGUAGCGUCAGGCCUGGACAGAUUGUAGGGGACUGUGAGAGAACGGCGUUUUCUCCAGGCAGCCAGUUGCUCCACAGUAAUGGCAGCCUCACACAGUCUGUCCUCCCAGGAGUGUUCAUGGACUCGAAGGUGCCGGCCCACCCGCUGUUCGUCUCUUGCCUGCCUGCCUGAGAUUCCCGCCUCUGCAGGCGAGGUGCAGGAGACAGUGGUGUCUUGGACGCAGGGCUUUGAGGUGGAUUUCUCCUGCGGUACCUUUGAUGCACUGGCAUUGAGGUGGGACGCACUUCUAAACUUUGCUGCAGACCAUGUGGCCUUACUAUUGUUUACACCGGUAGCUAGGCACUACUAAAUGAAUUGCAUUGGGAGGUCUUACUGUCUUAUUCAUUUAAGCAAUAACAACAGGGAGGAAUCUAGAAAAUGCACAUAAAUGGGUGCAAGUGUAAGAUGUUUUGGGCAAAAGUGUCAGCCAAAUAUCUGCAGAUGUAUUGCAAUGAUCUGAUUAAUAGUUGAUUGUGUUUAAAUGUACACAUGUAUGCAGCCUGUUUAAUUCACCCUUGGUCCUUAAUGUAAACGUGUGCCUUUUGCAUUUCCAGUGCACACUACUCUCUAUAAAACAUUACACGUAAUUUAAAUUUC